ACGCUUGCAAAAGAAGCACACAUGCAGUAUUAUGCAAUUCUAGCUGCCGUAGCGGCAGCAGCCACCCAACAGACGCUGCCCGCCCCGCGCGCGGCAGCCGCACCUCUUGUGAAAAAUGACAAGGACACGACAACCGACGAGGUCUGCGUGAUCAUCACGGGCUUCGACACCGAGGACACGGUCGGCGACGCCGUCGCGAGCGUGCUGGGGCAGACGCACUCGAACCUGAAGAUUGUUUUUGUGGACGACGGCAGCCGCGACGCGACGAGGUGCGCCGUGGAGCACGCGCUGGAGGGUGAUGACCGCGGCCACUCGGUCGUCGCGCUGCCGGCGAACACGCCCGGCGGCGUCGGCUCCGUGGCCAACAAGGGCAUGGAUGCCUGCCCCGCAACGUCGAAUUACGUCGCCUUCCUCGACGCGGACGACGUCAUGGCGAAGACGGCGCUGGCGCAGCUCGUCGAGGCCGCCCAGACGAACGACGCUGACGUCGUACUUGGAGAUUGGUUCCGCUACGACCAAAACACGCACAAGCAGCUCCCGCCGUACGACCUCAAGGUGACCAGCUCAUUACCUCGCGACACGGCCUUCACCGUCGAGCAACACCCGCAAGUGUUGCGAGCGUCGCCCGUGCCCUGGCGCAAGCUGUACGGGGCGGACUACCUGCGCACGAACGACGUCAAGUUCCCGACGGGAGACCACUUCUUCGAGGACAACGCCUUCCACUGGAGGGCGCUGACGGCGUCCAAAGACGCGAAGGUCGCCUACACCGGCACGCCGGUCGUGGCGCAUACCGUGGGAGACGCGCGCCAGACGACGGCCGGCAUCGACGGCGCGGACGCGGAGAAGCUCGGCGGCUACUUCCCGAACCUCAACGCGAUCGCGGCGGAAUUGCUCGCGGACAAGGCUCCUUCGUUUUUACUUCGCGAGUUCGCCAGCUUCCUCAGCCGGAGCAAGUGGAUCGUCUCGCGGCAGCAGGACCCCAAACUGCGCGCCAAGUUCGCGCGCAUCUUACAAAGAACCGCGCGCGACUUCGUCGACGCGGCCGCGACCUACGUGCCGAGGGAAGAUUUACUGUCGGAGUUCGAGGACAACGACCACGUGAAGUUCUUCGGGGACGACGAGGCGCCUCGCGUCGAAUUAUCCGUCGUGAUCCCGACCAAGGACGCCGGCAAGCAGAUCACGGCGCUCCUCACGUCGCUCACGAACGUGCCGCUCGCCACCGAGGUCUUCGUCGUCGACGACGGCUCCACGGACGACACGGUCGAGGCCGUGCAAAAGUUCCGCGGGAAGCACGACAACGUCUACCUACUGAGAGACGGCGUCUCCAAGGGCGCGGGCCGCGCUCGCAACCGCGCGGCUCCCUUACGCGAUGGCGCCUUUACGGUCUACGUCGACGCCGAUGAUCUAGUGGACGCGCACGCGCUGGGCGCGGCGGUUCGCGAGCUCCGGGCCAACGACGACGCGGACUUACUCUUCUUCCCGUACCAGAUCGACCAGAGCGGCACGAAGCGGUCCAUGUGGGAUAAGGACCAGGCCGCCUUCGCGCGCGGCCGUGCGGCGGCGACGGCGGACGAGCGCAAGGCCGCCGCGCUGUCGCUGACGAACUACCCGUGGAACCGCGUCGCGCGGACGGCCGCGUUGAACGGCGUGCAGUUCGGCGCGACACGCGUCAAUAACGACGUGCGCUUCCACUGGGGGUCGAUCGCGGCCAGCCGGGACGUCGCGUUCUCGGAGAAGACGACGCCCGUCGUCACGCACCGCAAGGGCUACACCCAGACCAUCACGGACAUCGCCUCGUCGACGCGGCUCGAGGCCUUCGCCGCGCUCGCGGAGACGCGCGACGCGCUGGGCGCUGAGUUCCUGCAGACGAACGGCGCCGCCUUCGACCGGUUUGCCCGCGACCUGGUCGUGUGGGCCGCCCCCAAGAUCCCGGCGGCGAACAAGGGCGAAGCGCUCCAGAAAUGCUUGGACGCCAAGAUCGACGCCGCGACCUGCUCGAGGGCCUUCGGGACCGUCGCCGCGCAGCCGACGAAGUGCGUCGCGCACCAGCACCCGGUGCGGGCCAUCCGCCUGCUCGAGAUGGACACGCCGCUCGCGGCGUACAGCUACUCGUUCUCCUACGACGUGUCGACGGCCCAGCCGACGUCGUCGCCGACGCCGACGCCGAUCAUCGCCGUCGAGGUCACGAGCACGGUCGCGGGCGUCACGGCGGACGCGUUCCAGAACACAGUGUUCGUGGACGCGUUCAAGACGACGGUCGCCGCGGCGAUCACCGGCGUGGACGCGGACAUGGUCACGAACCUGAGGGUCGACGGCGUGCCCGUGAAUCGCCGCCUGACGGGCGGCGUCGAGGUGACGUACGAGAUUGUGGUGCCCGCCGCGACGGCCGCGGCCAGCGGCUACGACGACGUAGACGCGCUCUCGUCGGGCGUGUCGACGUCGCUCGAGGCGGCGGCCGACACGUUUGUCGAGGAAGUGAAGAACGAGGUCGCGACGAUCGCAGCGGCGGCGCCGGUUGGCUCCCCGGAGGCGGCUGAGGCCGCGGCGGCCGCCACGCAUGCGGAGGCCAUCACGACGGUCUCGGCCCCGGUCGUCGUCGUAAGUCAGACGCUCGCGCCGACGCCGCGCCCGUCACCGGCCCCGUCUCCGGCUCCCACACCGGCGCCGACGCCUAUCGCCGGAAACCCGACGGCGGCGCCCGUGCCGGCGCCGACGGCCGCGCCGCACAAGGCGACGCCCGCGCCCACCGCCACGCCGGCGGCGCCCGGCGGUCACAACGACCGCAAGCGCGGCGGCCGCAAGGACCGCAGUAGCCUCACCUGGCUCUGGAUCGUCAUGGGCGCCGGCCUGAUCGUGGCCAUCGCCAUGAUGAGCGGCACGGCGGGCUUCAUCUUUGGCCGCGACGCCAAGGCGCCGACGACGCCCGCCUCGCGGUCGACGCCCGCCGCCGGCCUCGACGACGACAUCUUCAUGGAUUUGAUGAAGAAACAUCUCGCGACGCCGCAGCCGGGCGACGCCGCGACGCGCGGUUUUUUUGCGGACCCGACGGACGUCGAGGCCGGCGGCGCGCCGGUCGACGACGACGAUGUGCAAGUGAUUGUGCCCGGGGGCGCUGUUGUUGAAAGUGAAGCCCCCAGUGAAAGUGAAGAAACGUACCCCCGCAAAAUCCUCGACUGGCUCAUAUGACGCACACGGCGUCGAGCUCCCCUCCCCUCCCCUCCCUUUGCCUGAUCCCCCUGUGGUAAUAAACCCCAUCUCACACGG